AUGGAAAAUUAGUCUACAUUUAAUUGUUUGAUAAUUAACAUAUGUUACUUGGAAGGUUGAUACCUUGACAAUGAAUUUAAUUGAAUAGACAGAAAAUUUUAUGAAUAAACUUCUCAUUUACAAUAUUGAAUAUCAAUAGAAAUCUUUAAAAUAUGUCGGCAUUUGAAUGAUGGAUCAGAAUCCAAGCUAAUAAAUAUAUCAUAUUUUCCAUUUCAUUUGAAUUUUUUCAAUUUUUCAAAUCUUACAAUGUAAAUAUUAAUACAUAAAAGUAACUCUUUAUUUAAUCUACACUUUCUAAUUCAAUUUAUUUAGUUUUUUCUUCAAUUGGAAAACCUAUCAUCUAUUCCAACUAUUCUAAAAUAACACUUUUAUUUAAAAGUUUGAAUAAAGCAUGUGCUUUUAUUAUUUUAGUUUAUCAAGAUAGAGUUGAAAUUGGAGAUUAAUUGCUUAUAUUUUAACAAUUUAGUAAUCAAAAGCAAUUCAAACAGUUAGUGGAUACAAUAAUAAAUAUUAAGGUAAUUUGGCAGUAAUUUCAAUGUUGUUAUAACAAGUAGGAUCCAGAAUAAAUAAACUUUAUGAAUGUAUUAGCAAUUCGAUUUUAAUUUUACAGGAAAACUAAAACCAAUAGAAAAUUUCGAGAUUGA